GGACACAACUGAUAAACACGCCUUUUGUUUUUCUUUUGCUUCGCACUCCCGCCCUCUGCUCCCUCAAUGGCCUUCGCCUUUCUCUCACUUUGAUCAAUAGCUGAUACCCCGGGCUCUAAAAAGAAUGGUGCAUUGGCGAGAUGUCCUCAAUGGGGACAACGAAGGGACUCAUCGUAUCCGCGAGGAAAGUCGGCGAUUGCUCCCUGCAUACACAAGCGAUCAGAUCCCUCCUGCUCUGCCUUCCAAGGAGGUGACUAAGGUUGCGCUGCGAUUGAAGCAUCAGAUCGAGCAGGUGAUUCCCUGCGAGCUCGAUCAGGAUCUGAUCGUGAAGCCGAACAGUCGUAUCAUCACAAAGGAUGUGAUCCAGACGGCCAAGGAAGCAGGUGGAGAGGAAUACCGAGCAUGUGCCGUCUACUGUCUUCUCGUAUGCCUGCGUUGGUUCAACAAGCAAGGUGCUGCCGAACUCUGGGAUUCUGAACUCUACGGUUGUAGGGCGCUUGCGUGCGAAGUCAUCGCAAAGCAAAUAAUCGAGAGCGAAGAGGACCAAGAAUACCUGCUGCUGAAAGUCCUUCUCGAACGGUAUUCGAUUAUCCGAGGCGGAGAAGAGACGGCGCCCUCCAACGUUGUAGAACGUGCAGUAGACCUCCGCGCGCUGAGGGUAAUUGGCUCUUCUGGUUAUCAGAAAUGUAUCAAGUACCUGUGGCAUGGCUGGCUCUGGCAAGAUGAAAACGACCCUACGAGCUUCGUUGAGUACAAGGGACGGGACAAUACAAGCUACCGCGCUCACUUGGAUCCGGAUCGCAUGCGAGCUCCGAUCUACCAGAAUGCGUGUCAGAUAUUCUUUUCACUUCUUUACCUUGCACUAUACACAGGUGUCAUCAAUACAGUCAACCCAUCGGGUGACUUGGACUUCGUGGAGUGUAUCUUGUAUGCAAUGACGCUUGCGUUCAUCUGUGAUGAAAUUGCCAAGUUUUGGAAGGUAGGAAGAUACUACUUCGGAUUCUGGAAUGCCUUCAACUCGACACUCUACGCCCUUCUUGCGGUUUCCUUCUUCCUUCGGGUGAUUGCUUUAACUCGCUCGUCGUCCGAAACUGACGAGACGAGGCGCAAAUUCAACGAAUUGAGCUACAAUUUCUUAGCAUUUUCAGCUCCGAUGUUCUGGAUGAGACUCAUGCUUUACUUGGAUACGUUCCAGUUCUUCGGUGCCAUGCUGGUUGUGCUGAAAGUUAUGAUGAAGGAGAGUUUGAUCUUCUUCGCAUUACUCUUUUUCGUCCUGGUUGGCUUUCUUCAAGCAUUCAUGGGAAUGGACCAAGCGGAUCUUGGUGUACCUAUCACUAAGUCGAUCAUUCAAGGGAUGGCCAACAGUAUUAUGCAGAGUCCAGAAUUUGAGACUUUCGAAGAUUUCGCAUUUCCCUUUGGCAUCAUCCUCUAUUACUUGUUCAACUUUGUUGUCAUGGUUUUGCUUCUGAAUGUCCUCAUUGCGCUCUACAACAGUGCCUACGAAGACGUUUCCGAUAACGCGGUCGAUGAAUACCUGGGUCUAUUCUCGGAGAAGACGAUGGGAUUUGUCCGAGCACCUGAUGAGAACGUCUUCAUACCACCCUUCAAUCUUGUGGAGAUUAUCUUCCUCAUAAUCCCAUUUGAGUGGUGGAUGCCUCGUGAGACCUAUCAGCGCCUCAACAACUGUGUAAUGGCAACUCUUUAUGCUCCACUUAUCGUCAUAAUUGCCUGGCUUGAGAAGCGCGAGGCGCACCGGAUCCGUGCCAAUCGCCGCCGCGGUGAGGAGGACGACAACGUCUUAGAAGAAUGGGAAGAAGCUGCUCAAGCCGUCGACUAUGAUAACGAGGAAUGGGAACGCCAGGUUUCCUUGACGACGCCUAAUGUCGCCGUUGACACAAGUGUCUUGGAGAUCAGAGAGCUGAAGAACCAGGUUGCCAUGUUGACGGAGCAGGUAAAAAUGUUGACAGAGAGAAAUACGACAUCCACCAAUGAAGAAGAAGUGAGAGAACAAAUCGAUGAUGAGACUAACUAGAUGCUGUCAAACGCCGUGGUGUGCAGUCGCCAUGUUUACAAUGUUCAGCUUAUUUAUGAUGCUAGGAUUUCUGAGCUGACGUGAUUACGAGUCUCAUUAUUUAUGUGUAUUUGGAGUCCAGCGUCUAUUUCGGGCUUUGCUUCCAUACUUUUUACUUCGUGUUAUAUCCAUCGCAGAUACAGGUCUCAAAAUUCAUGGUUUAUAUUAACCCAU